CCAGCCAGGUAAACGUUUCCAGCCACCGCUCCAAAACAUUUUGUUGAAAGGUCUUUCUUGUGCUAGUGGAAGCAUUAAUUGACGUAGCACAAUCACUUAAAUCGAUAGAAAGUGCAAUAUUGGAUGAGGCAUCUAGAGGCCCAAUGGUAGCUUCAUCAGCAAUAGCAAGCGCACCAUCUUCAUAACUUGAAGGUUCAGGAAUCUCAACAACAUCAUCGCCACCACCAACGCAAACCAACCGUCUCUAUAAUAGCUUAAAGAUUCAGCAUAUACACCAUUUUCAUAAUAACUUGAAGAUUCAGGAAUCGGAGCAACACCACCGCCACCUCCACCAACAGCAAACGCACCAUCUGCAUAAUAGCCAAGAGAUUCAGGAAUCGCAGAAACAUCUCCACCACUUCUAUCAAUCGCAAAUGCACCAUCUCCAUAAUAUUUUGAAUAUUCAGGAGGCGCAGCAACAUCACCUCCACCACCAACAGCAAACGGAUCAUCUCCAGAUGCAACAAACUUAUCAGAAUAACUAGAAAUUAUUUCGACAGCAGCAACAUCACCGCCUUCAUCAAUGCCAACACCGCAAUCCUCAGAAAAAAAAUCGCUCGUCACAAGCGUGUCAAACUCCCCAUCCUCAUUUGUCGAGAUUUCGGCACUGCAAAUAUAAAGUUUCCCGGCCACCAAAUCCAGAUAAUCUACCUGAAGAUGGAAAACUGAAAUCCGAGAUGAUGAUUAAAGAUAAUAGACGAUACUAUUUAGAUUUAAAAGAGAAUGCGCGCGGACGUUUCUUACGAGUAUCGCAGACUAUAACAAGAGGUGGACCUAGAUCACAAAUAGCUAUACCAGCUCAAGGAAUGAUAGAAUUUCGAGAUGCGCUAACAGAUUUACUUGAAGAGUUCGGAACCAAUGACGGCGGAUUUAAAGGUGAUCUGCCCGAAGAGCGCCACAUGAAAGUGGACAAUAAAAAUUUUUAUUUCGAUAUUGGACAAAAUAAUCGCGGGGUUUACAUGCGCAUUAGUGAGGUGAAAAGCAAUUUUCGUACUGCUAUUACUGUGCCAGAAAAAUGUUGGCUACGCUUUCGUGACAUUUUUAAUGACUAUUGCGACAAAAUGAAGAAAUCGUCCGACACAUCGUCUAUCACUGCCGAUAAUAAUAUUCAAAUCCCUGCAAACAGUCUAAAAUAAAAAUGGCGGUAUGAAAUGUAAUUAAACAAAAUCACGGAAAGUUAUAAAUUGAAAGCAAGUUUAACCAAUAAAAGCGAGAAACAUCAACAAAAAACAAAAAUAUUAAGAUAUUUAGAUAUAUUUUAUUAAGAAUGCAUACUUAUUAAAAUGAUUCUUAUUUUACGUUGUAGUUAACAAAACAACUGAAACAACAGAGAACUACUUACUACUAUGAAUGUUACAUUGAUUAGAUGAUGUUUUAAACAAUUUGCAAACGAUACUUUUGACAACAAUCAUUCUUUAUUGAACUAGUACUGUGUGGGACUUGAAAUAAUAUGUUUCCUUAUAUUAUCAUUUUGUUAUAUGCUUGUUUUUAGUAUAUCUUUCCGUAAUUAUAAAACGUGAGUGUUAAAAAUUAUGAUAACAAUUAAUCAAAAAGGAAAAUUAGAAAUGUUUCGCCAGUUGUCAAGUUUGUUUGUUGUCAUAUAUUGCUUGCAGGGACAAACAUAAGAUAAGUAAACUCCGUGCAGUUCCAAACAGUACCUAUAAUCUAUUGCAACAGCGGAUGUCUAAUCUGAAAACUCUCAUGUUUUAUUUUCAUAUUUAUAUUUUUUUAAGAAAUAUAUGAUAGUUUUAACAAUGUUAUUGUACUAUUAAAAAGAAAUUUAAAAAGCUAAAACCCCAAUACAAAUCCUUACAAAUUAGAAAAAUAUUUUUGGUAAAAAAAUUAAAACUAUUUAAAAUAUUCAAUGAAAAAAAUAAUGUUGCAAAAGAGAUACAGAAAAUUUAUUAGAAAUUAUGAAAUGAUAGAAUUAAAAUAUAGUGAUAAUAUUAUAUUAAAAGAAAUUAUAAUUUAAGUUUUACGUUACCUCUAGCUUUUUGAAAACUUAAUUGUUGAUAUAAAAUGAAAUAAAAAAAAAACAGAAUAAAAUUCUAAAUGUGUAAAAAUAUGUUUUAAUUUGUUUUAAGUAUUUAUGAUAGUUGACUUAAACUUCAUGAAAAUUGAAGA